AAGAGAUUAGUGAUUAGAAAGGUAAUAAAAUCUCCAAUUCAAAUAGUUUGGUUUUUCAACGCACAGCGGAUGGGAACUGGGAAGGUUACCGGAGGAAUAAAAACGUAAUUUUUCCAAUAAAUUGAACCGUGUGAUAAUUCAAAGAGCGAGGUCGGUCAGGGCUGGGCGGUUUAGCAGGGGGGAGGAGGCCAUGGAAGAGCUGAAAUCAGCGAUGGAAGAGCACAUGGAGCAAAUGAUGGAUCUCAUUGAGAAGGUCACUGCUGAGCUUCGCUCUGGAAUUCGACCGGCUCUCGAUAACUUUAUCGGAUUCUUCCACGCGAUCGAUUGGAAGGAACCUUGGUUAAUAUGCUUAAUGUUGUUCCAUUUUGUGCUGCUCCUAGUAACUAUCACUUCAAGGAAACAUACAAACUUCCAAAUGUGCUUGUUCCUUUUGGCCUUGGCUGGUGUAUAUCUUGCUGAGAACAUCAAUGUUUUCUUGGGUAAGAACUGGGAAAGAUUUGCUGGACAGAAUUAUUUUGAUUCUCAUGGACUUUUUCUCUCAGUACUCUGGUCUGGGCCCCUUCUCGUCAUUGCAAUUGUAAUCUUGAUAAACACCCUCUUGACCUUGUGUCAACUAAUCAUCAGGUGGAAAAAGGCCGAGCUCAGACACCGUGCAAGGCUCUCUCAGAGCAAGCAGGAUUGAUUUCAUAUGUUCACACUGGUUUUGUUAAGUUAAUCACUCCAGUUUUUUGGGAAUUAGGAAGGUUUCUUUUUGAAGUAAAUGCCAUUCUCAGCAUCUCUAAAUUUGGGUGUUCCUUCUCGCUGGGUGGUGUUGGGAUUCUGUCCACAAGCCAGAAUAUGCCGUGUAGAAAAAGGGUACAAUUAUGUUACAUGUCCAAUACCAAAUAGGAUUUACCUUUUGAACACAAAAAAAUAAAAAUAAGAUGAAAAGAACUAUUCUGUAGCGUUGUAUCCCAGUUCUAUUUCUCAUGCUGUGUUCUUUGGCUAAUUCAAUUCACGUGUUUUGUAA